AGGCAUACUAGCCACCGGUAUCUAGCUAGCUACCGUAGCAGGUAGCAGGGCUUUCAGCGAUUUCCUGUUGUCACUGUCUCUCCUCACUCCUCAACAUCGAGGAUGAAUCUAUGCUUACACUGAGAGAAGAAGGAUGAUGACUAAAACCCUUUGCUCCCUUUCACUGCUGCUUCUGCUAUGGACCAGGCAUGUCAGUUCGGAUUGUAGUGAGGGAGGAGACUUGAGCCUACGGCGGUCCAUGCUCCGAGGAUUACUUCCCCGAGCCUUGCAAGGAGGAGGUGGACCCGGCGGACCCGACGACAUCAAGACGGACGAUGCUACUUCCUGCGAUGGAGAGGGAGAGCUACCUAUUCCGCCAGGCCAUGGCCACGGACAUCCAACGCCCUCGCCUCCACUCCCAGGGCUUUCCAGCAGUAGUUCUUUGGAAGAGCAGUGCUUUUCGGCAGAUGCCACAGUGGAGGUGCUUCAAAACAAGGGGGGCAGUAUUGCCACCAUUGCCAUGUCCGAUUUGCGGGUGGGGAAUAGGGUAUGGACAGGCAAUACUAAUAAUAAUGGACCAUUAUUCCAACCAGUGUAUGCCUUUGGUCACUGGAAUCCUCAUGCCAUCAACAAGUUCCUUAAGAUUGCAACAAGCUCUGAUGAGUCUCCCCUUGAGAUUUCGAGUGAGCAUUUUGUGUAUCUCCAAGGCCGCAAGAAUCCCAUCAGAGCAGGUUCUAUUCAAGUUGGAGAUGUCUUGCAGGGUGUGGCUCCAUCAAUGAAUGUAACUGAACAGCAACGCAUGGUUGUGGAGUCCAUCACUACCAUUGAAAAGAUGGGUUUGUAUGCUCCACUGACAGCUGGUGGAACCUUGGUAGUGAAUGGAGUUUUGGCUUCUUGCUAUGUAUCCUUGCAAGAACAGCAGCACCCAAAUACUGAUGACACUCAAAUCACCAUGAAAGGAGGCCUUCCUCUGUUGUCUCAGCACGAUUUUAUCCAUUACUCUUUGUCACCCUUUCGCUUGGCCUGUACCAACACAUGGCUUCCAGGACCUGCCAACACCAUUUGUCAUUCCUAUGAUGCCAAGGGGUAUCCUCAUUGGAUUGGAAUGGCUAUGCAGGCAUUCCAUUGGGUGGAUAGUCUCCACAUCGUGCUUCAGUUUCUGUCUCUGGUAAUGUGGCUGGCCGUGGUGGUGCCUUGUCUGGCAAUAGAAUGGCUACUUUCAAGCUCCGGUCCUACUACUAUGGCUGCUUUGUAUGCCGGCAGCCUCAUUAUCAGGACGAUAAAGUGAGCUUAAAUGUUGUAUAAUCGUUAAUAAGUAUUCAUAAGAGUGUUUUUAUAAAGCGAUAUUUGUUAAUCAAC